AUGAGGAUUUUUAGACCGUGGAGACUGCGCUGCCCUGCCUUGCACCUGCCCUCACUUCCCGUGUUCUCACUCAAGUGGAACUUGCCCUCCCUCGCCACUGACGAAACCAUGUGUAAAAGUGUGACCGCAGGUGAAUGGAAGAAAAUCUUCUACGAGAAGAUGGAGGAGGCAAAGCCGGCUGACAGCUGGGACCUCAUCAUCGAUCCCAACCUCAAGCACAAUGUGCUAGCCCCAGGCUGGAAGCAGUACCUGGAAUUGCAUGCCUCAGGCAGGUUCCACUGCUCCUGGUGCUGGCACACCUGGCAGUCGCCCCAUGUGGUCAUCCUCUUCCACAUGUACCUGGACCGCGCCCAGCGGGCGGGCUCGGUGCGCAUGCGCGUCUUCAAGCAGCUGUGCUACGAGUGCGGCACGGCGCGGCUGGACGAGUGGAGCAUGCUGGAGGAGAACAUCGAGAGCCUGGUGGACAACCUCAUCACCAGCCUGCGCGAGCAGUGCUACGACGAGGACGGCGGCCAGUACCGCAUCCACGUGGCCAGCCGCCAAGACAACCGGCGGCACCGCAGACAGUUCUGCGAGGCCUGCCAGGAGGGCAUCGUGCAUUGGAAGCCCAGCGAGAAGCUGCUGGAGGAGGAGGCGACAACCUACACCUUCUCCCGGGCUCCCAGCCCCACCAAGCCGCAGGCCGAGGCGGGUUCUGGCUUCAAUUUCUGCUCCAUCCCCUGGUGCUUGUUUUGGGCCACGGCCCUGCUGCUGAUCAUCUACCUGCAGUUCUCCUUCCACAGCUCCGUCUAA